AUGGCGGCGGCAGGUCCGAGUACUCGGGCUUCUUCCGCGGCGGCGGCGGCAGCUCUGAGUCGGCGGGGUCGGCGGGGCCGCUGUGACGAGAUGGCGGCAGCCAAAACGGGGACCCCGGGCCCGGCCGCUGGCCCCGCGCUGCUGGUGUUGCCGCCACCGUUGCUGCAGCCGCCGUCACCGCCGCGGCCGGAGGAGUCGGACUGCGCCGGCUGCCUAGAGACCCCGGGGGAGGCGGCGGCCCUGCCGUGUGGCCACUCGCUGUGCCGAGGCUGCGCCCAACGCGCUGCCGACGCGGCGGGCCCGGGUUGCCCACGCUGCCGCGCCCGCGGAGCGGGCUGGGCCCGCCGUCGGGCCCGCGACGACUGGCAGGCCGACGCGGAGGUGCUGGGCGAGCGCGCCCGCCGCGGCCCACCGGAGCGCUGCCGCCCGCGUCGGGACGGGGGCGCGGCCGCCGCCGGGCCCAGGCCGGAGCAGGAGUCGCGCGCCGCGCCCGCGGAGCCAGAGUUUAUAUUCAGAGCACCAAUCAAAUUAAACAAGCCUGGGGAAUUUCGUGAGGAAUAUGAAAGCCUGAAAAAGCUGCGAGAAGAAAAGUUACCAGAGGAGAAAACCUCUGAAGAUCAAAUCCACAAGUUGUUACCAGAAGACACAGAAAUAGGAAAAAGGAAAAUGGAUGAACAGAAAAAAAGAGAUGAGCCAUUAGUACUGAAGACAAAUCUAGAGCGUUGUCCUGCACGUCUCUCAGAUUCAGAGAAUGAAGAACCUUCCCGAGGCAAGAUGAUACAGACACACCGCUCAGCAUUUGUUUCCAAGAACAACUCCUACUCCUUAGCUUUCCUGGCAGGGAACCUAAAUUCCAAGAUGGAAAGGAGUCAGAGCUGCAGUGACACCGGUCAGGACAGAGCAAAGAGCAGACUCAGAGCAGCCCCAACCAGCAAAGCCAAGGUCACAACCAUGACCCCGACCUCCAACCCCAUCAUUGGCGUCCUUUUGUCCACCCAAAACAACCGCUGCCUCUCGGCCCCUGACUUAACCAUUGAAAAGCGUCUGCCCUUCAGCUCCCUGUCAUCCUUAGCUUCCUUACAUAAGCCAGAACGCUCUAUCAGCCCUGAGAGUAAUGACAGUAUCUCAGAAGAACUAAACCAUUUCAAGCCCAUUGUCUGCUCACCGUGUACUCCUCCCAAGAGGCUCCCUGAUGGCCGCGUGCUGAGUCCCCUCAUCAUCAAAUCAACACCCCGCAACCUAAACAGAAGCCUGCAGAAGCAGACUUCUUAUGAAGCUAGUCCACGGAUCCUCAAAAAGUGGGAGCAGAUCUUUCAGGAGCGGCAGAUCAAAAAGACCCUUUCAAAAGCCACCCUUACCUCCCUGGCUCCAGAAACAGGGGAUGACUUACUGGUCUCUGAAGUUACCCAGUCUAGCAAGGAGAAGCCUCUUCUGGCUUUAAAUACAAGACUGUCCAGUGGGCAAGUUCUCUCUGAGUGUACAGGACCUACCGCCCCUGACCUUGAUUAUUUCUCCUCUUCUAGCCAGACAAAAGCAGAACAGGGCGGUGACUGUAAAAAGAACACUGAGAUCCCAUUGGAAACCUGCUGCUCUUCAGAACUCCCAGUGGGGGCCAGUGGGACUUCUUUGGAGAGAGAGCAGCUGGAAAGGUCAGGGUCAUCCCCAGAUGCCAAGUUAGAUAAAACCUGUAUAACAGCAACUAUGAAAAUCUCGGCAGUUAACUCAGUGCUACCUAAAAACAGUGUUUUGGGUGGGGUCCUCAAAACAAAGAAACAGUUGAAGACAGUGAAUCAUUUUGAUCUGCCUAAUGGUGUUCUGGCAGACAACCUAGGUGAGGAGCCACUUCCUUCUUUGCGUCGGGGCAGGAAAAGACGCUGUAAGACCAAGCACUUGGAACAAAAUGGCUCCCUUAAGAAACUGCGACAAAGCAGUGGUGAGGUGGGUCUUGCCCCAACAGACCCAGUGCUGCGAGAGAUGGAGCAGAAAUUGCAGCAAGAGGAAGAGGACCGGCAGCUGGCUCUGCAGUUGCAGCGCAUGUUUGACAACGAGAGGCGGACUGUGAGUCGGCGAAAAGGAAGCGUGGAUCAGUAUCUCCUGCGGUCCAGUAGCAUGGCGGGGGCCAAGUAG